UAAUCCCCACUUUCUUCUCUCUUUGUGUCAUUCUGGGUCGAGUCGCUGCAUGGAUCUCCCUAAGCAUGUACCACUGAAUCUCCCAUCUUUCCUCCAUCAUCACUGAGAGGGGCGAUCGCGCAUCGGACGGCGUCCGAGUCGCCAUAAGCUGUCGCUAUCGAUAAAUUCGAAAACCGUCGCGCAUAUAUACCCUACAUCAAUUGAAACAGAUCAAUCAAUUGUCAACAGAAUGGAAGAGGAUGACGAUCGCGAUCUUGCUGGCUCGCAAGAUGGAAGCUCGGAUAAUGAAAUGGACGACGCGCUUCGAGACGCUGACGACGGGGUGAACGAUAAUGAGCCCGAUGUUGACGCGGAUGGAGACCAGGAUGCAGACAGUCAGUCGAAUGCGAGCCAUGCCUCUGACAAUGCUCCUCAGCCCAACCCCGACGUGAGGAUGACCCCCCCUGGGGCCGCGACGGCACCCACUCCUAUAUCCGCCUUCCAUCCCAGCGUGCGCCCCGAGUGUCUCACCGCCUCUACCUACGAUAUCGUUCCAACGACGGCUGCGCCUCACAGUACUUCAAUCAAUGCUAUAACCGCGACGGCGGAUAUGAGAUGGGUGUUCAGCGGAGGCUCGGAUGGAUACGUGCGGAAAUUCAACUGGGUGGAUUCGAUCAAUGGCAAAUUGAUGUUGACGGUAGCGCAACGGCACCCGUUCGUGGAUAGUGUUGUCAAAGCCGGAUCCCUAAUGACAUACUGGGAGAGCAUGGAUAGCAACCAUAUAUCCCCCGUCUACUCAUUGGCCAGCCAUAGCGAAGGACUGUGGCUCUUGUCGGGCUUGGAGUCCGGGACCAUUCGACUACAAUCGGUUCGCCACGAGGAGGGAAGGGAGAUCGCUCUUCUGCAAAAGCACAAGUCGGCUGUGUCGGUGUUGAAUCUGACAUCCGACGAAAAGUCAGUCCUCUCCGGAAGCUGGGAUAAACGGGUCUUCGAUUGGGACCUGAACACGGGGCAGACGAGGCGCACGUUCGGGGCCAGCGCGGGGCAAAUAUCCGCCCUUGAAAUCCGGCCAGAGUCCAGUCUCCCGGUCCCCAGAGACACGACCGACCUCCCUCAGACCAACGGCACCUUUUCUUCCAACAACCAAGCCAGUGGCGGCGCCGACAGUUUCAGUUUCAUGGACACCUCCAACGACCAGGGCGAAAUGGGCGACGCAAACCCGCAGGCGGGCUCGCCAGCAGACUCGCUAUUCGGGGGAGCCGAUUCAUUAUUUGGCGAUGGGGAUGGAAACGGCGGCGAAGGUGCAGGAGCAUCGACCAAUGCAUUCGGCAUAGACGAGGAUGACGAAAUUGGGAAAGCUCUCGCCAACGAUGCCCUCCCAGACGCUGACGCCCAGGGUGAGCCGGACGAACCGAUGGGAGAACAACAACAAAACGGCAUUGCACAACCCCAGCCUGCUGCACCUGCAAACGACACAAUAAACCCCGAAGCAAACGCCCCCAACACAACAUCGCAACAGCCACAGGGCUCAGAUCUUCCAGACGGGUCCUCCCAGCCGGCAGUUAACGGACUUCCCCACGCGGAAGAACUCGAACCAUCCUCACAAGGCCAGGACUUCCCCCUACCAACACAGUCGGAGGCCAACAUCGGUCCCGACAACAUUUUCCUCGCGGCCUCCAUCGACGGUACAGUCCGGGUCUGGGACCGACGACUGCAAGACCCCGUCGCUCGGAUCAUAUCGCGCAAUUCGCCCCCAUGGUGCAUGAACGCGUGCUGGUCGCCAGACGGCAACAACAUCUACGUCGGCCGGCGCACAGGCACAGUCGAGGAAUUCAGUCUCCACAAGGGCCUGCGUGAUCCGGAGCGCAUCUUCAAGUUUCCUCAGGGGAGUGGCCCAGUGACGGCACUCAGAGCGAUGCCCAACGGGCGACACAUUGUUUGCGCAUCCCACGACAUCCUCCGCCUCUACGAUCUCAAACACGAUCAAGUUACUCGGCACUCGACCGUCCCCUUCCUCAUCAUCCCGGGCCACCGCACAGGCACCGUCUCCCAGCUAUACCUCGACCCCGCAUGCCGGUUCAUGCUCUCCACGAGCGGUAAUCGCGGCUGGGAGGGUAGCACGACUGAAGUUCUCCUGGGAUAUGAGAUUGGUGUGCCGCGGUCGUAGCAGCGUCUCGUACACACUAUGCUAGGAUGAAGCGACACCACUCCCACCUUUGCGGACUGGACAUUCUGUCUCUGGCCGGCUUACUCUUCUCAUAUACUCAUCAAUCAAACAAUAAAAAAAUGAUGGCUGCGUGUGUUCACGGGGGAUUGAGCAUUCCAGUGCAGUCAUUCUAAUCUUCAUCAUGGUUGGCAGUAGCGUUAUAUCCUUAAAAUUUCCCUCUGCCCCCAUUCUCCCCCCAUGCCGCCACUGCGCUGCUUCUGCUCUUUGUUGGCCAAUACCACCCUAGCUAAGGUAU